CCCUGGAGGGCACCGCCAAGGCUGGGGAGGACUACGAGGAGGUGGCUGGGAAACUGGAGUUCCAGAACGACGAGACCAUGAAGCUGUUGGAGGUGAAGGUCAUUGACGAUGAGGAGUAUGAGAAGAACAAGACCUUCAUCAUCCAGCUGGGGGAGCCUGUGCUGCUGGAGAUUGGACGGAAACACGGAGACUCCAAUGACAACAAGCCAGCAGGAACUGAUGAGGAGGAGGUGUCCAAKAUGGGUUGUCCCAGCCUAGGAGAACACACCAAGCUGGAGGUGGUGAUCGAGGAGUCCUACGAGUUCAAGAACACAGUGGAUAAGCUGAUCAAGAAGACUAACCUUGCUCUGGUGGUGGGCAGCAGUAGCUGGAGAGAGCAGUUUGUCAAUGCUGUCACUGUCAGUGCAGGUGACGAUGAUGAGGAGGAGAGUGGGGAGGAGCGCCUGCCGUCCUGUUUCGACUACAUCAUGCACUUCCUCACAGUGUUCUGGAAGGUUCUGUUCGCCUUUGUCCCGCCAACAGAGUACUGGAACGGCUGGGCCUGCUUCUUUGUGUCCAUCUCCCUGAUUGGUGUUCUGACGGCUGUGACCGGGGACCUGGCCUCUCAUUUUGGCUGCACAGUGGGGCUCAAGGACUCUGUCACUGCCGUAGUAUUUGUGGCCCUGGGUACUUCCGUUCCAGACACCUUUGCCAGUAAAGUGGCGGCCAUCCAAGACCAGUACGCUGACGCCUCCAUCGGCAAUGUGACAGGCAGUAAUGCAGUGAAUGUGUUCCUGGGCAUCGGUGUGGCGUGGACCAUCGCGGCCGUCUACUGGAAGACCAAGGGCAAGAAGUUCCUUGUGCAGCCAGGCUCACUGGCCUUCUCCGUCACCCUGUUCACAAUCAUGGCGUUCGUGUGCGUCCUGGUGCUGAUGUACCGCCGCCGGGCCGGGGUGGCAGGGGGCGAACUGGGGGGCCCGCGGACCGCGAAACUCCUCACCUCCCUCUUCUUCUUCUCCCUCUGGCUUCUCUACAUCAUGCUGGCCUCCCUGGAGGCAUACUGCCACGUGCCAGGCUUCUGAGAGACAGAGAGAGAGAGAAAGAGAGAGAGAUUGAAGGAGAAAGCUUGUCUCCUAUUGUUUACAUGUCUAUCCCGCUCAUUUCUGUGUACUUUUCUGAGUGUUAUGAAGUAUUUCUAUUGUUAUUAUUAUUGCUACAGUGGUUACUUGACUCUGAAGAGUUCUAUCCCAUUUACAAUGACGUGGAUGGCAGCCUUAGUCAUUCUGUUGGAAGCAUACUGGGACCAGCUAAUGACUUGAUGUAUAUCUUGGGAGGACUCAUGCCUUGAGGCGUAGCUUUGUCUAACCAGGCUGUCUGCACAAACGAGGGAAAUAAAAUGGCCCUCGACUCUUCUGAGAAUGCUCCCGUUUUGUUUAUAACCUAUCCUGAACCCUUAGCUAUUUUAGCCCCACUGCCUCUCUCCUGCAUCUCUGCAUUCAGAUAGAGUACGGCCCUAGUUAAUCAGUCUGAAUGUCUUGGAGAUGACGCACACUGACUCAGAGAUCAGAGCCGGAUCAGAUCUUCCCUCUCCCCAUGUCUUAACGUUGGUUCCUGGUUGACCAACUCUCUAACCCCUGAUGCCCACCAAGCACAAUCAGUCCCAUGAAGAUUCUCUGCCCUGAACACUGACUACUUCUGCCACCCCCAUCCUAACCCUCUCUCUUAUUUUUCAACAACGUCAUGUGGUUGUCUUGUGGAUUUUGGGGGGGAAAUGAUGCCAAGAUAGUAAAGAUGUUUGAAAAAUCGAAGUGUUUGUAGAUAAAACAUUGCCAUAUAUUAUCUUGGAACACGGUCUGAAAAGCGAACUUGUGAUGGGGGUUGUGAAGUGGAAGAACUACAGUUUGCAUGGUACUGCAUUAGAAUUAGCAGCCACUGAGAGCAAAAAAUAAUGUCAGAUGCUAUUCAGGAAAUGGAGAUCAGUUGAACAAAGCUGUUGGUGUUUGUUAAUAAGAUUAAUGUUCAUAUUUAUUAUCUCAAACUAUUUAUUGUAUAUCAUGUAAAAGAUAAUACUCCUGCUAGUUGUGUACAUGUGGGAGAGUGAGAUCGUGAGUGUGUUUUUUUGCAUGUAUUGAGUGAAGAAUUGAAUGAUAGAAACAUUUUGAAGUAUUGUAUGUAACAUUUUAAUACGGCUAUCAUCAUGAGUGAAAGUCUAGAUGUGAUUCCAAGCUAAGCACAGCAACAUAUGAGUAUCACUGCCUGGUUCCCUGACCCAGACUCUGUCUGGGGACAACCUCUUAGUCUUGUAUGGACUUCUUCCAAUAGCCUUUUUUUUUACAGGACACUAAUCAAUGUGAGACAAGACCUGCCAGAGUUUUCCUGCUUCUUGAAAAGUGUGCUUUGAAAUAUACAUUUGGGACCAUGUUGAAGCUAAUUUUUUCCUAAGGUUUUGUAUGAGUGUGCGAGCGUGUUGAUGUGGAUAAUUCAAGGUAUUUGUACUUCUUGUCUUCAGAGUUUGAUGGAAGGCAUGCCUUUAUACCAUCAAAAAAUGUUUACUCAAGGGGGUAUGGAUUUCAAUGAUGAAAUGUCUACACUUCCGAGUUAUGUUCCAAGGAAUCCUCUCAAAGAAAUCAUGUUUAGUCUCCGUCACGUUCAGGCUUUGAACAUAUUUCUGCUACAUGUCAAACAAAGCGCUGCAUAGGAGCAGAAACAACGUUUCUAAAGUCUAAGCGUUUGUUUAUUUCCUAAACAUAGCACAUACAUUCCAAUAUACAGGUUUGAAAAUGGUAACAAUAGAACUAUGACAAUACUGUACUGUUAUGAAAAAAAGACCACAAACAAAUGAUUGCCAAACCUUCCUAUAAUUUGCAUAAGGACAGUGUGUAGACCUUAUGUUUGAAAUCUAGGAUCCUCCGAUCCAUUCUUAUCAUUUCUAGAUGUAUUCAUAGUUACAUGAUCAUUGCUGCUUUUAUUUGGAUUAAUAUGCACGCUAAAUGUAUGAUCAAUGGAAAUAAAAGUUGUUUAUUUAUCAUUUCUCAAAA